AGGACGACAGUCUGUAGUUUGAUGUCAUUUCAUUGGAACUGUUAAAAACCAAGUGAUACUUUUCUUUAGAGUCGUGAAAACCAGUGAUAACUUUAGCUUUCGUAUCUUUGUCUUGAGAUGAAGGACCAUCAGAGUCUGAUGGCGACUCUCUGUGAGAACAUGCUGACAGUCAACAUGUUACUGAGUGUCUUCUUUCUGCCAGGUGUUUUGGCUGAUUCAUGUAACUUUACUGCACCAGCUCUCAACAUCACCGCACCAAAGGAGAUUGAAGCUCUGAGUGGAUCUUGUUUGCAAAUCCCAUGUAGCUUCAAGACAAAAAAGGAAACAUUUGACAAGAGCGCAACUGUUGUUGGAGUUUGGAUGAAACAUAACUUAGAUUUUAAACAUGAUCCACAAAGUGUUAUUUUCAAUAGCAGUAGGACAGAUAACACUGAUCAACUGAAGAUAAUUGGAAACUUGAGAGAGAAAAACUGCACCACCCUGUUUAAUGACUUAAACUCCACACAUGCAGAUAGAUACUUCUUCAGAGUUGAGAACGGGCCGUUCAGAGCAACAGCUUGUAGCAAUCCAAUUAAGAUAAAAGUUAAAGAUUCUCCUUGGAGUCCCAGCAUUAAUGUUCCCUCUGACCUGAAGGAGCAUCAGUCUGUCACUGUAACCUGCUCAGCUUUCACUCCCUGUCCACACUCACCUCCUCAACUCACCUGGAAUCUCCAACCAGACUCUUUCAGACAAACAGAGAAAAACACAGAUGGAACCUUUACAACUAAAAUCCAGGAGACCAUCACUCUGUCAGACACACAUGAUGGAUACAACAUCACAUGUUCUGCCAGAUAUCCUGUGAUUGGAGGAACCAAGACAGCAGAGACAGAAGUGACUCUCAGUGUUUCAUAUGCUCCUAGAAACACCUCAGCAUCCAUCAGUCCAUCAGGUUUGGUGUCAGCAGGUAGCUGGGUGGAGCUGAGCUGCUACAGCAGUGCCAAACCUCCACCCAGAUUCACCUGGUUCAGGAUCAGCGAACAUGGAGCCAUUAAAGUAUCUAUGGAGCAGGUUUACAACUUCAAUGCUACUGAGGAAGGAGAGUAUUACUGUGUGGCUACAAAUCAUCUGGGGAACCAAACAUCAUCAAUAAUCUCUAUAAGUAACAAAGAUGUGUUUUUUUUUCCGCCUUCUGGUCCAAUAGGCAGUCCUGCAUACUGGAAGGGUAUUUUAGUGGGAAUCAUUGUGUUCAUCUGCCUGAUUGCUGUUUGUGCUUGGUACUUGAAGUGCAAACGUCCAACUCCACAAAAGACUCAGAGUCAAACAAGUGAGGAUGCUACUGUUGAAAAACCAGCUAAUGAAAAAAGAGAGGAAAAACUUCAUUAUGAAGAAGUGAACUUCCUUCAGAGGAGACUUGGAGCUUCCUCCAUGUCAGCACAGGACAGCAGGCAGCAGGAGACGGUGUACUCCCAGCUCAAGGUUGCCCCUGCAGAAGAUCUCUACGCUCAUGUGUAGAAAAUAUGACAUGUUUUAUGUCAGAAGGUUUGACUUUUUGUUCACAGAAGGCUUUGACUUGUUGGUUUUGGACAGAGUUCAGUGGGAGAAAGUCUUAAACCCACUGGUCUUGUAAUUUUAUCAUAAUUAUCAUAGUUUUAUUAUUGACCUUUGGUCCUCAAACUGUUUUAUAAACUCAGAUAAGUUGUAGAAAAGAUAUUUUUUUUACUGCUACAAUGGAAAAUUUUGAUAUA